UUUGUUAAAAUAGAAUGCUUUAUGUCAUAGAAAGCUGUCGAAGGACUAAAUUAUUUAAUUGUUGUAAUACAGCUGCCACAUAGAAGGCCGCGUUUGCUAUAUAAGCGACAUUUUAUUUACGUGGACACUUGAUGCGGCGAGCAUCUUUGUUUACAUUUUUAGUAACGUCUACGUGUUAGCAAGUGUGCUAAACUUCGUCAAGCGUUAUUAAAAAUGUUGUUAUAUAGUUAUUUAUCCGCAAGUCAACUGUGUUGUACCUGUUGCACUACCAAUUUAUGAAUGUAACUUCAGAGAUUAGAUGUUGAUAAAUGGGGACGACGAGAAGGCUCUUUCACGUUAAGGUCUGGUUUUAUCAAAAGUUCUCUUUACUGUAGCGAUGUAGUUUGUAACAGUAAACACUUUGGACUGGUUCUCUAAUCUGUGAGACACAGAGAGGUCUUUAAACAUGGAGUCCUUGUUGAGGAAGAAGCCGAACUGUUUGCGGCAGGAGAAUGCCUCCAUGAUCCCCCAGGAUGAGCAGAUCUUUGGUGACCUUGAUGCUCUGCAGUAUGAUUUGAGCUCACCCAUCUCUGAGGCUCCAGUCAGAGGUCCUGGACUUGCGGUUGAAUGCAGUGUGGCGGUCAUGAGUGCAGAGAUAAGACACCUCGAAGCAGAACUGGCGGCGAAAACCAAAGAAUUAAAGACAGCACAGCUGAAAGCUGAGUGUCAUGAAGAAGAAGCAGCCCAUAAUGAAAUUGUUGUGGCCACUCUCAGUGAAGAGGUCCAAGCCCUGAGAGAAGAACUGGACAAUCAGACGGCCCUGGGAAACCGAGCCGAACAACAACGGAACCAAGCGCUGGAAAAUGCAGAGAAGCUCAAGGAGGCUUUUAAAGAGUACAAGGCCAAUAUUUCCAUUAAACUAAAAAUGGUGGUGGAGAGUGAGAGCAAACUAAAAGAGAGCCUAAUUGAGUGUGAUGGAGAAAAAGAAGAGCUAGAGAUAAAGUGCAACACACUGCAGAGAGAGAAGACAGAGCAGAGCCAAACAAUCAGCCAACUAAAGAAGGAGGUGAGGGAGGCCAAGAGUCUGGCUGCAGGGCACUCAGACCUUCAGACCCAGCUGGAGCAGUCCAGGGAGCAGGUUUCAGUUCUGGAACAGCAGCUUGAAGACUGUGGAACAAAAUGCAGACAAGUUGCCCCUUUGCGGAAGGAACUGGAAAAGCUGCGUAAUAUGACCCAGAGCCAGGAGCAGAAGGCGGCCCGGAACCAGGCUGAGCUGUCCAGUCUUGAGACCAUAGUAGGCCUGCUGCAUCUACGAGAGGGUGUUUUGGGCCCACUUUGUGCAAAACCAUGUAUGCUCCCCCAGCUGGAGUAUUCAGGAACUGCACACUUGCUGAAACUACAGCCAGGUGAAGGUUAUCAGCAGUUGUUGCGGGUGAUGCAGUCCAUGGAGGCGCAGAGAACCAAACAGAGCGGCCUGGUUGAGCGGUUACAGGAGCGUCUGAGCAGAGCUCAGGAGGAGAUCUCCUCCCUGCAGAGCUCCAUGGCACAGAGAACGUCUCAUUACCAAAAUCUACAUACAGAACUGUUGGACAAAGUCAACCAAGCAACUGACACUGAAAAAGAACUAAGAAGAAAAAGUGCCCGUGUGGCUGCGCUGGAGAUACAGUUACAAGAGAAAACAUCUGUUUACAGCCAGGUUGCACUGAAAAACACCGAGCUGGAGAAUCAGCUGCAGGAGAAGACCAACACUCUUCAACAUCUCCAGACACUGAUGACCAAAAAGCAGAGAGAGUAUCAACAGUCGUUGGAAAGGUGUAAAAAGUCCCAGGCUGAGCAAUGCACAGAGCUGCAGCACAGAACAGAAAUGGUGAACAGCUGUUAUACCACCGUGGCUCCAGUUGAUGUCAGAAUUACAUCAGCACAAAUUCUCUUGAUGAUGUCCUGCAAAAACAAUCUGCAAGUUUCUUUAGAAGAAGCUCGAUCUCGCGUGUUUGAAGUGGAGCAGGAGGUCCGUUUGUGCCAGAGGGAGAGAGACGAGGCUCAGAAGGAAGUUCUCCUCCUGCAGACCACUGUUGAACGUCUUACACAAGAGAAAGACGCUCGAGCCAAACAAAAGGAGGAGCUGCUGCAGAGUUUUAAAGACCAGGCAGCUCAGUCUGCCACCAAGGUGUGUGAGCUCCAGUCGUCGUUGUCGUCGUGCAGAGAAGAACUGACCUCAUACCUGCAGCAGAUGGAGGAUGUUAAAAAGAACUACGAGAGUCAGCUGCAGAUGAACAAGGACAAGGUGUCCUCUCUUCAGGAGAAGCUCAGAAGCACCAGCCUGGUUUGUCAGAGAUUCACUGACGAGAACCUGCAACUUCAGCUUUCUCUGCAGCAGCAGCAGACAAUGCUGACCGAGAGCAACACCCGCAUUUCUGACCUGGAGGAGUGCCAGAGCCAGCUAGAGGGACAGGUGUCGCAUCUGGAGCAGCAGCUGGAACGGGCAAACGCCUCCCUGCAGGACGAGGUGAGGAGCAGAUUUCAGGAGGCCCAAGGGCGAGAUGAGGAGCUGCUGGAGAUGAAGAAGAAGAACUCUCAGCUUUCUGAGAACGUCACCCACAUCACGUCAGAGAUGGUCAAGUGUCGAGGAGAGCUGUUGUCUAAAGAGUCGGAGCUGCAGUGUCUGAGGAAGGACGUCUCCGUGAAGACAUUUCAGAUCAAACGCAUGGAGGAGAGUCUGCAGCUUACAAAAACAAACCUGGCCAACAAAAACAACAUGGUUGUAGAUCUGGAGGAAAAGCUCCAUCGCUGUGAAGCAGACCAGCUCAACUGUGUCAACAGGGUCCAGAUCCUGGAGGGACAGCUGCAGACGGUCCAAGGGGAGUUGACCGACACGCUGGAGCAGCUACUGAAGCUGAAAGACAUUCUGCAGAAAACACAAACCAUCGCAGACGAGCGACAGGCCUGUGUGGAAAAACUGACUGUCCAGCUUAGUGAAACGCAGAAGGAGUUGGAGGAGAGAACCCAUGAGGUCUUAGACAUGGACAAUGCUCUGAAAGAGAGGCAGGGGGAGCUCCAGCAGAGAGCACAGCUGUUGGGUCUGCUGGACGUGGCCAUCAGAGAACACAAGCAGGAGAUGGAGAAGAAGGUGGAGUCUCUGCAGCAGAGCCUGGAAACUAAAGAGAGAGAACUAACAGACGCACAGAAGGAGCUCACAGACAGAAACCACAGGGAGUCCCAGGAUCUCAACCAGCAGCUCCGUGUGAGUCAACAGAAACUUUGUACUGUGUUACAACAGCUUGAAGAAACUGGGCUUCACUGUGAGACUUUGGCCAAAGAGCUGGCUGCAGCUGAGCAGCAGAACAGCGAGAAGAAGGUCCAGCUGUCUCAGCUGACUCAGAAGGAGGCACGGUGGCUUCAGGAGGAGGCCAGACUGCGGAGCACGAUCAGCUCUUUGGAGGUGGAGAAGGAGCAGCAGAGCAAGGAGCUGGAGUCACUGCAGCAGUCCCGAGGUCAGCUCCUCAAAGUCUCCGAGCAGAUCUCUUCCACCAUGCGCUCCGCUCAGGAGGAGCUAACUGCUAAGCUUCAGGAGAGCCAGACUCAGCUACAGCAAAGCAAAGUCCUGUUGGACCUCACUCAGAACCGAGCCAAUCACCUUCAAGGCCAGUUGGAGCAGAUCCAGAGCCAACUCACUCAGAGUAGAACCCAGCUGGAACAGACCAGGGCUCAGAACACAGACCUGCGUGCUCAGCUGAAGAGAGCAAAGUUGAAGUUGAACCAGACCAGAGUCCAUGCAAUCCAGCUGCAGACUCAGCUGCAGGCCUGUGACAAGUCUUCAGAGACUUCCUCUGGGUCUGAGCUCAUCCAGGAUUUGGGUGAGUCAGAUGUGUCUCAUCUUCAGAGCUCCACCCAUGACAACUACACACACUCUCUCCCUGCUCUGCAGUCACUCACACACUCCCUACAGAAGCCUUCUCUCCCUUCACCUCCAUCUUCCCCUAAAAAGCCUCAGACCACCACCAGGGGUCCCACACUCUCUCAGUUAUCGACUCGUCAUCCUUCAGCUUCUGCUCACUCCUGGUCUCACUUGUCUCAAACACAUGACUGGCCACAGAGCAACAGCAUAGACUCUUCUCUGGACCUUCCUCUGAGCCUCAAAGAAACACUGAAGGAGGUUUUAGGCAAGGAGCCCUGGCCGCCCUCUUCUUCCUCUUCCUACCUCACCUCCUCCUCUGUCUCCUCUUUCCCAGUGGAAGUGAACCACAGCUGGCUGGGCCGGGCCACUGUGGAGACCACAGAAACAUCUGACCUCUCCUUUAACCCCCUCACCUACAUGGUGGACGAUGGAGACCGUGGACAUCUCCCAAGUGAUGUUUCUUCAGCUCGGGAGGAGGGAAGUGAGGGUCUGGGUGAGUCCAGAACAGGGUCUGUGGCCACUCUGGUGGUUGAGAAGGAGGAGGAAAUGGAUAUGAGUUCACUGACCGGGAUGCUGAAGUUUGUGAACCAAACGUUAGCGAUGCAGGACGAUCCUUCUCUGUGGAGUUCAGUAGGUUCAUCCAAGACGUAACAAAACCUCACACACUUUCGGAUGAAGUCUUUUGAUAUGUUUAUUUAACUUGAAUUAACUUAUUUGAUAGCAUUUUGCUAUUUAUUUUAUAGUUUAUGUAAUAUUACAGCGCCGCCUAGAGGUCAUUAAUUCUUUGAUGUGUUCAUUUUGGGAACCCUGGUUUAAAGACAUCUACAGGAUGUGUGAUAACUCCAUCACAAGUCCUAAUUUGAAGGAGAAUAUCCAAAUACCUUUUCCAAAAUGUGAUACAUUUUGAUAUAAUUGUAAGCAAUAAAUUUACAGUUUUAUAUGUGUUUUCUGUUCUAAGAAAUAGAUUUCCAGCGUCAUCUCUUCCUCCUCUUCCUCUUCCUCUCCUGCUCCUCCUGCUUGUUGUUCUCCUCCUUGUGCCUGUUCUCUCCAUCUACAUCUCUUUUUCUGCCUUACUGUAACUCUUCUCUUGGGUCUUCCUCUUUUUCUCCUUUUUUUGACAUCAUUUAUGCAACGUCUCCAUAUGUAGUGAUGCAACACCUAGUUGACAAGUAGUGGAUGGCAAUUUACUGGUUUCAGUUGUUUCAAUUUACUCACAAUUUACAGUACUUAUGAGUUUCUUGUUUUUCCAAAACAAUCUAGUAAAUAAAUCAUAGUUGUCAGACCAAUAAUUUUAUAUAUGUAAUAGUUUGCGGUACACCUGAUGAUCUCUCGUGGCACAUUAAUGUGAGGCACAGAGAGAUUUGUUUAUCAGCUUAAAUGAUGUAGUGCAUGCAAAAAGAAGUAUCGAGUCCAUUUUUGUUAGUCUUCAGAGAAUAUUAAAGCAGCCUUGUGUUCAGAUGUUCCCAUGCCGUCUGUGGCCGGGAGGUCGUGUUACCAUAAAAACUGGCAGCUUUCUGACCAGAAGAGGAAUUUUUGGGAUCAGGAUGAGAGGGGGUGGGGAGAGUUAGUCUCAGACCAAUACAGUCUCCAGCUGCUCCAAUUAGAUUUGGUGCUGUAAUCUCACAUGGUUACAAAAGGUUAGUUAUAAAAUGUCCAGGCUAUGUGGGUUUUAGUUUUUCUCCGUUUGGCUGCUUUUAUUCUGCCAGAUAGAUUAUCUACGGUCUCAAGAAACGUUUUCAUCCGAUUUUAGUCUCUUCGUGCAGAUAGCAGUCUUUCUGUUCUCACUUCUUGUCCGUUCUGGUUGUGUCAAACACUUUUAGUGAAGAGGAUGUGGUUCAGUCUGUGGGAUGUUGCGUGCCACGGUGUGCUCUAGUUCCUCCACGAAACACAACAGAACACAAAACAAAUCUUGUUGCUACUUAAUAAACUCUAUUAAUAUUUUG